UUGAACAAGAGGGGUUGGGUCUUUCUCCAUCUCUCUCAUUACCUCCACCGAGAAGCAGAGAGUGAGCAGCACUGGCAGUCGGCUCACACACACACACACACACCGACUGGACGAAGAAUGUCAGAACAUGGGACGGAGCACGACUCGAGGUGCACGCACGUACGUUCCUGGACAGUGAAGAACCAGCAGGGUGAAGUCGGCAGCAAGGAGUGAAGACAUCACAGCAGGACAGGCUGAGAGGGGGGUGAUGAAGACAGAGGGACGGGCAGAGGAAGGUGUGUGACUGAGCUGCAGUGCCUCCACCUGUCAGAGAAGUUUGAAGGAGUGCCGCUCUCAUGGCGGGGCCGGCCACACAGGAGCCCUUGAAGACCCAGCAGAAGUGCAUUGCCAUCUUUGCCCUUUUAUGCUGUUUUGCUGUGCUGGUGGUGUUGAUCUUCUCAUCGGUGGACAUUUGGGGGGACGAUGAGGAUGGCAUCACAGAAGAAAAUUGUAGCAGUGACUGCAGCAUCGCGCUGGCGGAGAACAUCCCAGACGACGUCUUUCUCCCCGUGGAUGGCAGACCCCACCUCCCUCUCUCCGCCGCCUUCCAUACGUUGUUGGACAAGGCAAAGCACUCGGUUGAGGUGGUGUCACCCGUCUGGGCCUUAAGCCCCUGGGACCCUGAAGCAACGCCAAGUACUGCCAAACAGGGUCAGCUGUUGUUCCAGAGACUGCUCGGCCUCAAAUCUCGUGGGGUAAAACUGAAGAUUGCCAGCAGUCUGACUAACUCUGCUGAACUGAAGACCUUGGCGGCGCACAAUGCAGAAGUUCAUUUUGUGAACAUGACAGCUCUUACCAGAGGAGGACUGCAUUCCUCAUUCUGGAUAGUGGAUCGGAGACACAUUUACAUCGGGAGCGCUGACAUGGACUGGAGGUCACUCUCCAAGAGGAAGGAACUGGGGGUGGUGGUGUAUAACUGCAGCUGUCUGGCUCUGGACCUCCACCGAGUCUUUUCGUUCUACUGGCAGCUCCACGAGAGGGACUACAUCCCCUCUAUCUGGUCAAAGAGAGUUACGGCCCUGUACGGGAAGGAUGCCGCCCUGGAGCUACAGCUCAACAACUCAGAGGCCACUGCUUAUGUGUCUACCUCCCCUGAACUCUUCUGCGCUAAAGAUCGCACCAGAGAUGUAGAUGCCAUAUAUCAAGUCAUCCAGAGCGCAACGACGUUCAUCUUCAUAUCUGUGACGGACUACCUCCCUCUGUUGAGCAGGAGUUUCAGAGGAACGUCAGUCACAAGGUACUGGUCGCCCAUUGAUGAGAUGAUCACGGAGGCGGUGGUACUUAGAGGAGUGAGAGUUCGCCUGCUGAUAAGUUUCUGGAGGAAGACUCACCCCCUCACCUUUAACUUUGUCACCUCCCUCAAGUCGCUCUGCAUGCAGCUGCACAACUGUUCGUUAGAGGUGAGGUUUUUUAGCCGCAAGGAGAAAGACGAUGACAUUCAACAUGGACUCAACCACAACAAGUACAUGGUGACCGACAAUGCGGUCUAUAUUGGUAACCACGACUGGGUCGGGAGUGAUUUUGCCAUCAACACGGGAGUUGGGCUGGUAGUUAACAUGAAAAAUAGCCUUAAAGGUUUGGGGGUCCUGGAACACUUCAAGGCUGCUUUUGAGAGAGACUGGAGGUCACGUUACGUUAAGAGUCUUCAGGGACACAAAGAUCAUCAUCAGGGCAAAAAUAAAAACCUCCAUCGAGUGAAAAUAAAUUCUCAGACAAAGGAGGAAAACGAGCAGAAUGACCCUUUAUCUUUAUAAGCACAGAAUGUUUUUCUAUAUACUUAAACAUGAUUAGGCUGAAUAUUCUACAAUUUUUCAACACAUGUACACAAUAUAAGAAUGUGUACAUUAUUAGACUUGACAUUUCUUUUGUUAGAUUAUUUUAUUAGAUUAAUUUGCAAUCAACAAAGACAAUAUUUGAGGUCAUAAUUUCACUCUAUACAGUUGCAAGUUACAGUAUCACUAUCUAACUACUUCAUUAAAUGUAAACUGUUAUAUGAGCAUGCUUUGCUGCAUGAGUAUUGAAAGCAAUAUUUAAAUCUAAUCUUUAAACUAUUCCAAGCAAUAUGCUGAUUAUAAAAUGAAUAUGCUUUAUGCGAAUCGUAUUUAAAGGCAUAAACAGACCCCAUCAAACUCACCGAAACAAAUCAUUUAGUAUUGAAUGAUGAUCUAGUUUUAAUUUGGAUUUUAGAGACUUUUUAAUACUUGUUUUGCAUAGCAUUCAGGACUUGAAUGCUAUAAAUGAAUAGCACUUAGGCCUAUGCAGUAGUUUUACAGAUCUCAUUUAAAGUGUUCAUCUGACCUAAUAAAAAG